CCCCGCACGGAAGUGAUGUCGUUGCACCGCGACGGUGACGUCACUGCCUCGCGCCACGCGAGGGUCACACGCUCAGCUCUCAAAAUGGCGGCAGCGGCGGCCGGUAGCUGCCGGAAAUGUCUCAUUAGUGGCAUGUGGCUUAUGCCUAGAAGAUGCCCAGUUCCUGCAAUCCACAGUGGUGCUGUGUACAGAGCGAGCAGGCCUGUCUCAGAGAUCAACCAGUCUAGAUGUUACUCUUCAGGAGGAAGAAAAGGUUUUAUAUCAGGUUUUGUGGAGAACAUCAAGCAAGAAUUAGCAAAAAACAAAGAGAUGAAGGAAAGUAUUAAAAAGUUCCGAGAUGAAGCUAAAAAGCUUGAAGAGUCUGAUGCACUUCGAGAAGCAAGGAGGAAAUAUAAAACCAUUGAAUCUGAAACAGUGAAGACCUCAGAAGUAAUUAAAAAGAAACUUGAAGAAAUAACUGGUACAGUUAAAGAGAGUUUGGAUGAAGUAAGUAAGAGUGAUAUUGGCCGGAAGAUAAAGGAAGGUGUGGAAGAAGCAGCAAAAACAGCAAAGCAGUCAGCAGAGUCAGUGACAAAAGGAGGAGAGAAAUUAGGCAAGACAGCAGCCUUCAAAGCUAUUUCUCAGGGAGUAGAAACUGUAAAGAAGGAAAUAGAUGAAAGUGUUUUAGGGCAGACUGGUCCUUACAAACGUCCAGAGCGUCUACGGAAAAGAACAGAGUUCUCAGGCGAGAGGAUUAAAGAGGAGCGAAUAUUUGAAGCUAAUGAGGAGGCCAUGGGUAUGGUGCUGCACAAGGACUCCAGAUGGUAUCAGCAGUGGAAAGAUUUCAAGGACAACAACGUGGUCUUCAAUAGGUUCUUUGAAAUGAAAAUGAAAUAUGACGAAAGUGAUAAUGCAUUCAUUCGAGCUUCCAGAGCUGUCACAGACAAAGUCACUGACUUGAUAGGUGGAUUGUUCUCGAAGACGGAAAUGUCAGAGGUUUUGACAGAGAUACUCAAAGUGGAUCCAUCCUUUGAUAAAGAUCGUUUCUUAAAGCAAUGCGAGCGUGAUAUAAUCCCCAACGUCUUGGAGGCUAUGAUAUCUGGAGAGCUUGAUAUCCUCAAAGAUUGGUGCUAUGAGGCGACUUACAGUCAGCUUGCUCAUCCAAUCCAGCAAGCCAAAGCCAUGGGUCUCCAGUUCCACUCCAGGAUUCUCGACGUAGACAACAUUGAUCUGGCCAUGGGAAAAAUGAUGGAGCAAGGACCAGUAUUAAUCAUCACUUUUCAAGCUCAGAUCGUGAUGGUAAUUAAGAACCAGAAAGGGGAAGUGGUAGAAGGUGACCCGGACAAGGUUCUGCGGAUGCUGUAUGUGUGGGCACUUUGCAGAGACCAGGAUGAGCUCAACCCCUAUGCUGCGUGGAGGCUAUUGGACAUUUCCUCGUCAAGCUCCGAGCAAGUUCUCUGAGGCGAAUUGCAUCCAAGAGCUUUCUGUCCCUCCCUCAAAGCAAUGCCAUCUCUGAACUUGCACCAGUCUACUGCAUGAUGCACUGUGGGGGAGGGGGACCAGAGUGGUUCUCUUUCAGAAGAAUGGGCUAUUGGGUGUGCCAUCAUUACACUGCUCCCCAUUGUGAACUGGACGAGUCUGACGUAUCUGCCUUACGCUUUGCCGUGUAGCAAUUUGCACUGUAAGGAUGUAUGGUAGGUUGUAACUCGAAUGGUCUAAGACACUUGCAGCUGCUGUUGGCUCCUGUUUAAAUGGUGGGUGAAGGAGGAUGUUUGGGGUCCUAUACAUUGACCAGUGCUUCCAUUGAUGGGCAGAGGUGGAGGUGGAUACUGAUGAGCAGCACAGUGAGAUGCGACAGGUCUGGUUUCAAUCUGCUGUCAUCCCCUGAUGGCCUUACAUCAUCUCUGAGAGGAGCUUAGAGCUGCUCUUAAGGCACGUUGGUCUCAUUCCAGCAGAUGCCAGGAAGCCUUCUGUUGCUGCAGUGUCUUCACCAAACCAAAUACAAUCACGUCUUUGCACAUGGAACUGAGUGAGGAUGGAGAUGGUCAGAAAUAUAUGUCAAUAUAUGUCCGCA